AUGAGCGCAGCAGCAGGCGACAAAUUCAUAGACUCGUCGGCUUCCAGACCCAGCCCGACUCCUAGCACAGCGGGCUCAACGGGUACUGCAGGAAUUUCUGUACGCGCUGGAGCAAACGGACAGAUGAGUUUCAGAAGACAACGUGCGUCGCGUGCUUGCGAGACCUGCCAUGCGCGAAAAGUCCGCUGCGACGCUGCCAGUCUAGGUGUGCCUUGCACCAACUGUGUGGCUUUUUCUAUCGAGUGCAGAAUUCCCACGCCGAAACGCAAGAAGAGCCAGGCGAAGCCCAGAGAGGUCGGCGAUAGUAACGGUGAUGGCGACGAUAAAUCUCAGAGUCAAGAGAAGCGCGAAGAGUCCCUGCCGAUGCCCGGCAAGGAUGCGUUUGGUUAUCAGAACAGCAACACCAGCAACACCAACGCCAUGGCAGUCAACGGUAUGCCUGUGACAACACUCACGGAAGCCCAAGCCGCCCAACAAGCCUCGCAAAAUUCGACAUACGCUCAAUUCAUGAAGCCGAAAUUUGCCCGCGCGCCCAUAAAGGAAGCUGGAAGGGUUGCAUACUUGGGCGAGUCAUCGAAUCUUUCACUCUUGGUUCAAGACCGCCAUGGAACGACCGACGUGGUCCAUUAUCCACUGCCUCCCAACAUCCGAGGUUCUCGCGCGAGAGUCUCCGACUUGGAUAAUCUUGAGUUAGAUAUCCUGCACCAGCGCGGUGCUUUCCUACUUCCGCCGAAGUCGUUGUGCGACGAGUUAGUGGACGCUUACUUCAAAUGGGUCGCACCUGUCGUGCCCAUUGUCAACCGCAGCCGGUUCAUGCGCCAAUAUAGAGAUCCCAAGAACCCACCUUCUUUGCUCCUUUUGCAGGCCAUUCUUUUGGCUGGUUCGAGGGUCUGCACCAAUCCGCAGCUCAUGGACGCUAAUGGCUCGACCACUCCAGCUGCUAUGACAUUUUACAAGCGAGCGAAAGCUCUAUAUGAUGCGAAUUAUGAGGAUGAUAGGGUGACUAUUGUCCAAGCUUUAGUGCUCCUGGGCUGGUACUGGGAGGGACCUGAAGGUUGGUGCCCUAAACCGAUUAUGGUGACUGGCUUGCUGACCUGCCCAGACGUUACCAAGAACGUGUUCUACUGGACAAGAGUGGCGAUAAUUGUUGCGCAGGGUUCUGGGAUGCACCGCAGCGUGGAAUCUUCGCAACUCAGCAAGCCCGACAAGCGUCUGUGGAAGCGGAUAUGGUGGACACUCUUCACUCGAGACCGAUCCGUAGCUGUUGCCCUGGGACGUCCAAUUUGCAUCAACACUGACGAUGCGGACGUUGAGAUGCUGACAGAGGAGGAUUUUGUUGAAGACGAAAUCGACAUUGCAGCUGAAUACCCGCCGGACCCUGUUCACGUGCAGUUUUUCUUGCAGUACGUGAAGCUCUGCGAGAUUAUGGGUCUUGUCCUGUCGCAGCAAUAUUCGGUGGCGUCCAAGUCACGGCGAAUGAAUGCAAUGGAUCUCACCCAUUCCGACAUGGCGCUUGCGGACUGGCUUCAGAAUUGUCCCAGAGAGGUCUGCUGGCAGCGACAAAGGCAUCAUUUCUGGGCAGCUCUUCUUCACGCGAACUACUACACCACGCUUUGCUUGUUGCACCGAGCUCAUAUGCCACCGGCAUCAUCGGUCCCAAGUAGUUACCGAGUCGAAGAGAUGGCGUACCCGUCACGCACUAUCGCCUUCCAGGCUGCUGGAAUAAUCACAUCCAUAGUUGAGAACUUGCAGACUCAUAACGAGAUUCGUUACACGCCUGCGUUCAUUGUUUACAGUCUUUUCUCGGCUCUGAUCAUGCACGUAUACCAGAUGCGGUCAUCGGUGCCCUCGAUCGUGGCCACCUGCCAGGAGAGAAUCAACAUUUGUAUGCAGGCGCUCAAGGAUGUCUCCAAGGUCUGGCUCGUGGCGAAGAUGGUGCACACUUUGUUCGAGUCGAUCUUAGGUAACAAGUUACUGGAAGAGCGUCUUCAAAAAGCGGCUGGAAAGAGGCACCAGCGGGUUAAGCCUGACUCGAACCAUUCUAAUCAGCACUUGCCGUCAAGAAGGCCGGAUCCUCCUCCAAAGCGCAAGUUCGAUGAUAUGGACCUCGCUCUACCCAAUGGAGGACCUACGCCACCAGUUUCGUACGAGCGAUCUCGCCCCCAGACCCCAGCAGCUACCCCUUCUAGAGAGCUUCCCCAAUCCACCAUGUCCAUACCCCAAACUUCGCCUACUGCUGCCAAGGAUGGUCUGCCUGGGGCUGGAAACUCGCGCGCAAACACCCGACCGACGACGCCAUUUAACGCUCAGUUCUCGCUACCUGCAACUCCUCCUGAUUUGUUCCUUGUCACACGCACUUCGCCUAAUCUUUCACCUUCUCUCUGGGAGAACUUUCAGCCAGAUCAACUGUUCCCCGACGGCACCGCUAUCUUCCCAGAACUUACCUCCCCUCAAAACACGACUGUUGAUCCACAGCUUCAGAUGCAGUCGCAAUUACAUACCCACGAUAUGGUUCAGCAGCAAAUGCCGCCUCGGACUUCUCUAGCAGGAACACAGGGAAGCCCUGAGAUUCUGUCCAGCAUGCCUCCUGCGAUCGGCAUGCAAGGCCAACCGCAACAGAUGUACGGAAUGGACCCUCAGCAGUCUUGGCAGAUGCCAGGACUCGACCCUACAGUUGCUGGCGCUAUGGAUAAUGCAAGCCAAGACGAUAAUUGGAGCAGUAGCUCACGCAGUGGCCCUACUGCUCCGACAACACUCAACGUGGAGGAUUGGUUCCAAUUCUUCGGUAUUAAUGGCAGCUUCGGCGAAAUGGCAGUUUAA